AUGCAGUCUUUCCGCCUUCCACCUCCCAAGGCCUUGAUUUUUGACCUUGGGGGUGUUUUCACAACAUCAAGACUGGACUCCGUUCAUUUCGAAACCGGAAAAAGUACUAUAAGUUUCGAUAGGUUGAUUAGAACCUCGACCUGGAUGAAUUACGAAUGCGGGAAAAUAAGCGAGGAUGAAUGCUACAGUACAUUGUCUGAGUUAUGCGGAUUCCCAGUGGCAGAGCUCUAUGAUGCGAUUAAAAAGGGCCGCGCGAGAGCAGAUUACGACGAAAGUUUGAUCUCAUUUCUUUCAAAGCUCAAAAAAUCCCAUGGGGAUUCUUUGAAAAUCCUGCUGAUGACGAAUAUAUCGCAGCCCGAUUAUCUGGCUCUGAAAGACAAGUGGGGUCCGUCUUUCUGGUCAGUGUUCGACCGUGUAUUUACAUCAUCAGAAAAUGGAGUGCGCAAACCCAGCCCUCGUUUCUAUCAUAAGGUCCUUCAAGAGCUCCGUGUAUCUCCUAGAGAUGCUUUCUUUGUUGAUGAUCUUAUUGAAAACAUGAUUACGGCUAAGGCGAUUGGCAUCCGCGGAUUACUGUUUCAAAGUGUCCAGCAAACCAUCUCAGUACUGACCAAUCUGCUGGGUGAUCCGGUGGAAAAAGGCCGUGCAUGGCUCAAGGCCAACGCUAGAAAAAUGGAUACAACAACAGACUGUGGUGCUAUUGUUGUCAAGGAAAAUUACUCACAGCUUCUAAUUUAUGAAGCGACUCGCGACUUCAUGUUGAAACCUAUGACUAAAUUCAUGAAUUCAGAGGAGCCAAAAUUUACUACCAGGAGGUACCCCGACGACCUGGAUACAACCUCACUUGCGUUGUCUGUCUUGGAAUACGAUGAAGAGACAAUCCACGGCCUCCUUGAUGAUAUGCUUGGUAAUAUCGAUGACGACGGCAUGAUAGAAUUCUACUUCGACCCAUCACGGCCAAGAAUUGACGCUGUGAUAUCGGUCAACGUCGUCACGUUAUUUUGUAAAUAUGGGCGACGUUACCAAGUUCAAAGUACCUUCCAGUGGAUCCACGACAUUUUGUUCCACCACGCCUAUCUUGAUGGAACUCGUUAUUACUCCACCCCGGAAUGGUUUUUGUACUAUGUCAGUCGACUGAUUGAGGAAUCAAAUGAUGAGGUCGUGACUGAGAAAUUUCACGGACUUCUCAGGAAGCGAAUUCAAGAACGGGUUGGUAGUGAUGGUGAUGCACUAUGUCUUGCUAUGCGUAUCCUAGUAUGCAAGAGAGUUGGACUCCUGUGUCCAUUUGAAGUGGAGAAACUUCUUUCUUUACAGUGUGAGGAUGGGGGCUGGGAACAGGUUUAUAUGUACCGAUUUCCAGGUGUUGACAAGAAGCUGGGCAAUAGAGGAGUUUCUACUGCUUUGGCUUUGAAAGCCCUUGCAGCUGUCUCACACCAUUGA